UCUUUCACUGCUUCAGUCAUGACCUGCCCGACCAGCGGAGUCCAACUCCUCGUAGUCAUGCUAUUCCUGAGCGGGACCUGCACGGCCGUCUCUAAUGACGCCAGAGAGUCCGCCAGUGCUCAGCCGGUCCACAUCGCUCAGGAAGAACCUCCCCGGGAUGCUGUGAACCAGGCGAGGAAUGGUGGCAAACAGCAGUCUGAACUCGUCCACGAUGAUCUAGACCAGAGCCAGGUGGGCUGCAGGGAGUUGAGGUCCACCAAGUACAUUUCAGACGGACAAUGUACCAGUAUCAACCCCAUUAAGGAGCUGGUUUGUGCUGGAGAGUGUCUGCCGACUCACCUGCUGCCCAACUGGAUUGGUGGCGGUCCCACCGGUAGGUUCUGGAGUCGCAGAGAGGCCCAGCAGUGGCGGUGCGUCAUCGACCGAAUCCGAACUCAGCGUAUUUGGCUCCAGUGCCAGGACGGCAGCACCAGGACCUACAAGAUAACCGUAGUGACCUCGUGCAAGUGCAAACGCUAUUCCAGAGAGCAAAACGACUCGGGACACAAAGACGCUUUGGUGCAGGGAAACACAGGAAAGAAGAGGAAACACAGGCGGGAACAACAUCCCGAGGACUAAUCUGGUAGUAAAUCAGACGAGUAAAAACCGCAGCAGCUACACAAGAAACCUCCUGAUGACAUCCUUAAAUGUAUACAAUACUGUACAUAUGUCAAAGUCAAUAGUUUAGUUUUAAUGGUUGUGCUACGCAUCUGUUAAAUAAGCUACUUUUCCCAAAAAUACAGUAGUAGAGUGUCAGACUAGAUCUACAUGUAUUAGAGUGCAGAGCUCACUGAAAGAGGUUGGAAAAUAAAUAUGUAAUAUUAUAAUAAAUAUGUAAAUAUGUGUUUGUCAAACAUGUUGGUGAGUUAGCAGGCUGCUUUUUUUAGUUUAUGAAAGCUUUGUUGUAUGAUUCGGAGCAGAACAGGUUGUGACACAUGCUGAUAUCUGGUAUAAGCAAUAAAUACAUAGACAUUG